AUGGAUCCCGAACAAAUAAGCUAUACCCCUAUCGAGCACUCUACUCAGCUCCAAGUCCAGCAACGGCAGCCUUCGCCAUCAUCAUUGAGAUUUGCGGACAAUGGAGGCCGUCCACAGACCCAGUCAUCGGCAGCUGAUAAGCCCCUACUUGGCAAUGACAGUUCACAAGGACACUCACCGGCUCGUGAUCGUAGUAAUCCAUAUGUGGUUUAUGAGCCCGUCCCUCAGGCCCCUCCAGCUACGAGAAGCCGGGGCUACAAUAUGAUGCGUGGACUGUGGCAGCGCACAGUUGUAUCAGGUCAGGCUCCUGUCAGCACUUCUAAUCGUGACUGCACAGUGCCCAUCGAGGAGAAACCUGGGACCAUAGCAACGCGACUUCAACCAACUAUUGAUAACGCGAUGAGGGAGAGGGCAACAGCAAGAGUGACAGGCUACGCGUUGAACAUCGCGGCAGUUUUACAAAUUUUGUCCGGAGCGCUUACUACAGGUCUUGCGGCGUCGUUGUCCGGUAGACAGGUUUCGAUCGCUAUCACUAUUCUUGGUGGCUUGUCGACCAUAGUGGCUUCCUACCUCACUCGGGCAAGGGGAUUAAAUGAACCAGAAAUAUCUAACACUCGCGUAAAGGACCUAGAUCAAUUCUUAAGAAAGUGCCAUAUCUUCAAAACGGAUCACGGACAUAAAUAUGGAACAACUGAAGAUAAGCUGAAUGAUGAACUCGAGCAUCUCAGAGGACAGCUCGAAGAAAUUCUCAGAAAUGCUGAUGGGGAGCGGAAGCUUUCCCCACUUGUCAAGGCUGCUGGUGAUAAGACUACUGAACGAUCCGCGCCACCGUCCUCCUGGUAA